AUGGCGCACGCAGCACAGGUAGGUCUACAAGACGCUACCUCUCCUAUCAUAGAAGAAUUGGUCAUCUUUCACGACCACGCCCUCAUAAUCAUCUUCCUAAUCUGCUUCCUAGUCCUGUACGCCCUUUUCCUAACACUCACAACGAAACUCACCAACACUAACAUCUCAGAUGCCCAAGAGAUAGAAACUAUUUGAACUAUCCUACCAGCCAUCAUCCUAAUUCUAAUCGCCCUCCCAUCUCUACGCAUCCUCUACUUAACAGACGAAAUCAACGACCCUUCCUUCACCAUUAAAUCAAUCGGCCAUCAAUGGUACUGAACCUACGAGUAUACUGACUAUGGCGGAUUGAUCUUCAACUCUUACAUGCUCCCACCACUAUUCCUAGAACCAGGCGACCUUCGACUCCUAGACGUCGACAAUCGAGUAGUCCUCCCAGUCGAAGCCCCCGUUCGCAUAAUAAUCACAUCCCAAGACGUCUUGCACUCAUGAACCGUCCCCUCACUAGGCCUGAAAACAGACGCAAUCCCCGGACGCCUAAACCAAACCACAUUCACUGCCACACGACCAGGAGUAUAUUAUGGCCAAUGCUCAGAAAUCUGUGGAGCUAACCACAGCUUUAUGCCUAUCGUCCUAGAACUAAUCCCCCUAAAAAUCUUCGAAAUAGGACCCGUAUUCGCUUUAUAA